GAACUUUAGAGGUUGAUUUGCGCCGUCAAGGUCGUUUGGUUCAUUGAUAAGGAUGGAUGUUCAUUGUGAAAUGAAUCAAGAAGUCGAUUCCAAUUAUCCAAAUUCGUACUCUAAAGAAGUUGAGGAAGCGCUUUCCCGGCUUAAUUUAAAAUCAGACAGUUUAGAUGAUCCUGAUUUUAAUGUUAUUUCUUAUAUUAAUGAGAGAUUUCCCAGCGAACAGUCACUGGCAAAUAUAGAUGAGUUGAUAGCUGAAGCGGAAGGAAAAAUUCGCGAACUAGACGAUGAGACUAGAGACCUACUACGUGGUCGCUGGCAAACAGAGGAUAAAGGACAAGAGAUUGUUCAGGAUGCAAAGGAUAUGAUAAAAGUACUAUUCUCUAGGUUGGUUUGUAUUUAUGUUGGUGUGUAACUUGCAGAUAAAUUCAUAUUUAAGUAAAUACCUUCAUAAUCACUAGCUCGUUUACCAAGUGGUAGUUUGCGUACCAUACUUUGAACCACGUAGUGUGAAUACAGGUGAUACCACUUGCCUCACGUGUCCAAACUGAUGACUGAAAGUCAAGUGUUAGAACUACCAAUCCAUCACUGUUAUGAUGGUAUGGCCGAGAGUGGGGUGGGCCCGCCCUCCCUCUCGAAAUUCUCUCACAUGGCCACGCGUAUACAGCCUCUGCCAGGGAAGUCUUACUCACUGCCUUCUCGUGGUGGGGGUGUUUACAAAAAUGAGAGGAUGAAAAGCGAAUGUCCGGCGCUUUAACCGGAUCCCAAACCAAUGGUGCACAUGGGCCCCAGUAUCCUGCAGGAACAAAUGGCGUAUGAACCAAUUGUUGGUCACCAGCUACCAUGGGACUGUAUCUCCUGACGUUGGUUCACUGCCUUGUGGGUCAGACGUUUAGGUCAAAGGCUCGUGGUGUGGCCCCCUAAGAAAACCACCAACUUCGGUCUGGACACCCGGGCAGUAUCACGGCCCACACACAAAUAUGGUGUGGCGCAUAUAUAUUUGGUACCUCCUUGUACCAGUAUUUAUGUGUUGAAAUAAAUAAAUAAAAUGAUAUUCAACAUUAAAUUUCUCCCUCGAUGUUCUAUACAUCAAUUCAUCCUUCCACUUAUGUAUAAGGGGUUUUUAUGAGUAUUAUACCAUAUAUUUACCUCGUGAUGACUUUCCUAACUAGUGUUACUUGACGUUUAAUAAAAAAAAUCACAAAUUUAGAUAAUUGUUUGUGUAUUUGAAAUAACUUACUUGACAUGUUGAGCUGUUCUGAAUACGUGAAAAUGAGUGAUUUAAUGCCAUAGUUACCUGAAUCAGGUAAAAUCUGUGUUUUCAAGUAAUAUUGGUAUGACACAAGUUUGAUACCUCAGUGUUGCCAUUAGGUGACUCGUUUUGCAUGCAAGUUUGUUCCUUCUUCUUAAUGAAGCUUCCAGUUCUGUCUACAUUUCAUAUGAAAUGCACCUAUUAUUUUACAUAUCAAACAGACCCUAAGUAAUGUAUUUAAGUUAUUGAAGUUAAAACCACAUGGCUUACCUCUCAAGUGCUAGCUACUGUUAUACUACAAAAAUGUUGUGCGAAAGAUCGACUGGUAGGGAGCAGGAUUAGUCUUAUUUUCAUCCUUUGCCGUUAAAUCGUAUUACGCUUUUUAUCAAAACUAACUUAGCUUCUUUGAGUUAAAAUAUACUCAGCCAGGGUUUGUCAAACAACAAUUUUCGUCGAAAGUUUACUGACAUUUGCAAAAUUUCGUAUUGGAAUAAACUAGUUACUUUCGGGACACAACUAUCUAGGGAUUAUGCUAAACCUCCUGAAUUUACCAUAGUUUGAUCUGUUCACUUGCAGCACUUCAGGUUUGAUGGAAUUCCAUAGUGAGCUUUUUAAUUGCACGGUGAUAAAAUAGAUACAUAACUCUCUUCUACUCAUUUAAUCAUCGAUUUGCGCAGGUAUGGUGUGUGGUUUUUACCAAAUAUGUUUAUUACAGACUAAUUUCGUAUCUAGGUAGUUCCUUGCAUAUAUUCACCAGGAGUUCUACGUGAUUGCUCUCAAAGUUCGAUGUAUUUUACUGACCAUAGUAAUGGUGGAUUAAAUAUAGUCAGUUUACAAAACUAGUUUGUUUGCCUCCUAUAUUUUUCCAUAUUGAACACUAUUAGUUUGAAAAAUGAGUGUUUUAAAGAGGCAGAGAAUAGAUUGUCUAAUAGUGUUAUAGCGUGGAAAAAAAUCAUCAUUUCAUCACUUCAGUAGUAGUCUGUGACUUCAAAUCUUUGCGAAGUUUUCAUGAGUUAUGUGACUCAUUUCUAAAUGUUAAGGUUGUUUUAAACAAGGUACUAAACUAACGUAAUUUUAUGUAGUACAAUGAGUAUUCCAGCCGUCGACUCAAGUAGAUAUCCGCCAUAUGGUACUAUAUGCAUUUACUCCAUACGGUAAAAAUGGGCUUUUAGCGUUAUAUCUUCUGGUUUUAAAACGAAAGCCAAUAACUUUUAAUUUACCGAGUGUCAGACACAUCUUCAGGACCAUUAUUUUUACUAAUAUGUUUACCAGUAUACUGACGAUGUAUCAUAACAUACAUCAUUCUCUUGUGUAAUUUUAUCCUUAGUUUCUUAGUUAUUACUAUUUGAAAAAUAUGUCAUGAAAAUAAUCAAAAUGUGAUUUCUUUCAUUGUUAUGUUAUUUUAGUAACUUAACAGAGAAAAGGACAGAGUAGUAAUGUUAUCGCUAAUAUUACUACCACUUUUUAUUGUUCUACUCUAUUUGUCUUUAAGCAGAAUUUUCAGUAAAAAAGUCAUUGUGCACUUCAUCUUAUAGAAUACAGGAUGUUCAAGAUCGAGCUACUAGAUCAGAAGAAAUGGUACAAGACAUCACUCGGGAUAUACAGCAACUUGAUCAAGCUAAGCGUAACCUAACUGUUUCCAUAACUGCCCUCAAUAAUUUAAUUCUUAUCGUGAACACCAUUGAUCGUCUUAACGAAUUACUUGGAAUACAAAGUUCAGUGGAUGAUCCAAUGUUUUUUGCGAAGAGCAAUGACACAAAUGCCAGUGCUCAGAAUCCAUUUUUAGAAGUUGACUCUGAAUCCUGGAUGAAUGAAAACCAUCCACCUGAAAAAACAAAGUUUCAAAGAUUUGUACCGUCCUUUUUGGCCGAAAUAUCAAAUUUAUUAGCUCAAGUUCAACGCUUAUUACAACCUAUGCUGUCAGCCUAUGGUUCAGUGUCAUCUGUGGCUGGAUUAUCUCGAGAAUUGGAUUCCAUUCAUUCAGUCCUUGCAGAUCGUUUGACUAAGGAACUCAAACUGUUACUAGCAGCUACUCGAACAGUUACAGAUAACAAGGAACUGAUUUUAUCAGCCUGUGAACUAGUUGACUUACUCCCUAAGAGUUUUCAUCUCGAUUCGGAUAUUAUAAAUUGGUUUAUCUCUCAUCAUCUAACUGAGUAUAAGGAGCUAUUCGAUCCAACACAGACUACUGCUUGGUUGGAUAAAAUCGAUCAGCGAUACAACUGGUUAAGAAUUAAUUUGGUCCCCUUAGAACGUUUAUUUAUUUCAGUGUUUCCUCCCUCUUGGCUGGUGACUGAAAGAUUUGUUUUGGAGUUUUGUCAUAUUACACGUGGUGGCUUAGAAACUGUUAUGAAACGACGUCAGUCGGAACUUACCCAUAAUCUAAUUGUUUUCGCAUUGCAACGCACCUUAUCCUUCGAGGCCAGUUUGAAUAAAGCAUAUACGUCUGAAGCGCUAGAAGAAUUACAAUCUAUGAUAGCUAGCGGUAAGAGUAUGGAGCGUUCAUCUAAUCCAUUUGAUGAUAAUGAGGAUGAGGAAGAUGGUUUAGAUGAUGCACAAUCUAAAAAUCCUGCAGAGGCUAAGGAUGAUUCAUCAACAAAUGAUUCUAAACACAAUUGGAAAAAGCAGAUUUUUGAUGGAAUUAUAUCUGGCUGUUUCGACCAAUUCUUUGACCUCUAUUUGGUUCAUUUGGAUAAAGGUCUGAGAGAACAAAUGACAAAUCGUUUGAUUGGUGAUUUCACUGUUAAUAAAUCAAGCUUUGAGAACAGGGAUCUUGGAGAUGUAUUCAGAGAUGACAAUCCAUUUGACACUGUACAAAUCAAACCAAAUCCCAAUGACCCUGGCGAGAAUACUCUAUAUUCUGCUACAGAUUUAUUCUUGUUCUAUAAACAAAUCUUAAAACAAACUCUCCAGUUGAAUCGGGGUCAUGGUUUGUUAGGACUUGUUCGUCUUUUAAGGCAGUAUUUGUCUGAAUACACGGUUCGUGUGCUCUUGGCUCAAAUUCCAGGCUUAGCGAUUACCAAUACUAGUGGAACUAACGUUGGUUUAUCUGCACCGGAUGUUGCAGCGAAAAUGGCGGCAUUCGGUUUAAGCAGUCUCUCAGCUCUUGGACUUGGUCGUGGUCAAACGGGACUCGGUGCAGCUCUAGAAAAUAUUAGGACACAAACAAAAAACAGUUCUGCGCAAUCUGAUCUGAUAAGUUCAUCAAGCAACCAGGUGAUUAACAAUUUACUUCGUGAUGAUGUACAAGGAGUUCGACUGAGUAAGGAUGAUGUCUACAAGGUGUGUGUCAUACUUGUUACAGCAGCAUUUUGUCUGAAGACUGUUGAAGAUUUAGAGAAGCGUCUAAAACAUGAAAUCAGACCACCUAGCUGGGGUUCAAAAAUAUCAUUUGCUUCUGAACUUGAUGGUUUAGCAACUUGUAGAUCUGUUUGUGUCCACCGCCUGGUUGCAGACUUGGAAGCUGGUGUUGAACCGCAGCUAGUCGCUAUGGCACGUUUACCUUGGAAUAAUCUUGUACAAGUUGGGGACCAAAGCGCCUAUGUUACAGCCAUUGUAAAUCAUCUUCGCACUCAAAUCCCACUGAUACGAGAAACAUUGUACACCGUCAGGCCAGCUUUUACUCAAAUAUGUAUAAAAUUUGCUGAUGCAUUAAUUGCGAGAUUCGUUAAUGCCUUAUAUCGUUGCAAACCGGUCAAUACUUUUGGAGCUGAACAGCUUUUAUUGGAUACUCAAUCGUUAAAGGCUUCUCUUCUUCAAAUGCCUCUUCUUGGAGCUAAGUUUACUCAGACACCUCCACGAAGCUUUACAAAUCUAGUUCAUGAAGGUAUGGGGAAGGCGGAACGUAUAAUCAAAGCAGUUAUGUUACCAGUCGGUGUCGCUACGCCAGGAAAGCAAGAGUCAACAACUCCCCCAAGUGGAUUUGUAAUGGGUCCAGUUGAUACAAAUGCAGCUAAUGUAUUUUUAGCUAGUUACGAACAAUUAUUACCUGAUCUAACUCAAACUGAUCUACAAAAUGUUUUGGAUAUGAAAGGUGUGAAAUUCAGUGAACAACAGUUGAUUUUAGAAAUAUUUCGUAGUAGAAAUGAAUUUAAGUCAGCGAUGAAAGAAAAAACACCUGAAGUAACGUUAUUUUGUUCUGUUGCAGAUACUGCUAUCACUGCUAGCACUUUUGUUAGUACUGCAAUUAGUAACGUAGCUUUGACAGGGAUAACGACAGUUACCGCGACCACCACUGCUCUUACGAGUUCCUUUGUAGCUACACCGAACUCUCCAAAUAAUCAGCAUCAAAAAUCGAAGCAGUCUGUGUCGAUCUCAAUGAAUCCAUUCGAUUCAUCUUCACCAGUAGAAGAGCGGGAGCAAAUAACAGAUAGGAAAGGAAAAAUAGAAAAGUUAUUGAAUAAAAGACGAUAAGAAUAUUACCGAAUUGUAAUUUUUGAAUGUUAAUUUUAAUGAAUAAUUAAUAUCUUCAUUGUUGCUUUAACUUCGUUUAUUUUUUUCUCAACUCGGUCAAGUUUAUUCUAUUCCUUCUCCGUUUUGCUGUGUUAAAACUUUCGCUUGUCAAAGUAACUUUUCUGUUGGUGUGUAUAAUUAACAUCUCUCUCUCUCUCCAUAUAUAUGCAUGAUUUAUUCAUACUACUAUAAUAAUAUACUACUAUUAUUGCCGGUUUAAAAACGUUGUACUUGGAUGUUUUUUUAUAUCUUACUUCCUUUUAUUAAUUGUUUUAUUACUUACUAGCUAUAUUGUGAUAAAAUGUUUGUAGGAAACUUUCUCUAUAUUUCUGUUUCUGUAACCUUAUGGUAUGAAUUGAAAUACCAGUUUGUUUUCUGACAAUUUUCUCAAGAAUAGCAUGAUACAUAUCUACUUAGUGCAUCAGUUUUUAUGGUACUGUUAAAUUGGUUACUAAUGUUUAUUUUACUGUGCUAAAUAAAAACCAACAUUAAAAGGUGA